AAGGGUUACAAGGGGUGACAGGGGGUGACAAGGGGUUACAGGGGGUUACAAAGGAUUAUAGAAACCUUUUUCUAACUAGAACGUUCCCAGAUACUUUUUCUUGGUCUAUUUUGCAUAAAAAUCAAAGUUGAAGAAAUCUCCAAUUUUUGACCAAAACGAUGGACUAACCCCUUUGGAAAAAUUCUAAUUUUACGUUUUUCGUACACAGUUGUUUUUAUAGUCUUUAAAGGCUUCUUUUUUAUCUAGAACGUCAGCAAACACUUUUUCUCGAUCUAUUUUUGAUAAACACAAAAGAUGAAAAAACUUCAACUUUGUGACCAAAAUCAUGGACUAUCCCCUUUGCAAAAAUGCCAAUUUUGCCUUCUUUUGAAACCCGUGUUUAUAUUGUCUAGAAAGGCUUGUUUUCUAACGAGAACGUCACCAAAUACUUUUUCUGGGUGUAUUUUGCAUAAAACGAAACGUUCACAAAAUUUCAAAUUUUUGACCAAAACCAUGGACUAACCCCUUUGCAAAAAUGCCAAUUUUGUAGGUUUUUGAAACCGAUGUUUUUGUUGUUCAGAAAGGCUUGUUUGCUAGAUAAAACGUCGAAAAUCGUUUUUUCACCAUUUAUUUUCACGAUUUAUGACAUGGGAAUACAGGGGGUUACAAGGGGUUACAGGGGGUGACAAGGGGUUACAAGGGGUUACAGGGGGUUACAAGGGGUUACAAGGGGUUACAAAGGGUUACAAGGGGUGACAGGGGGUGACAAGGGGUUACAGGGGGUUACAAAGGAUUAUAGAAACCUUUUUCUAACUAGAACGUUCCCAGAUACUUUUUCUUGGUCUAUUUUGCAUAAAAAUCAAAGUUGAAGAAAUCUCCAAUUUUUGACCAAAACGAUGGACUAACCCCUUUGGAAAAAUUCUAAUUUUACGUUUUUCGUACACAGUUGAUUUUAUAGUCUUUAAAGGCUUCUUUUUUAUCUAGAACGUCAGCAAACACUUUUUCUCGAUCUAUUUUUGAUAAACACAAAAGAUGAAAAAACUUCAAAUUUUUGACCAAAAUCAUGGACUAUCCCCUUUGUAAAAAUACCAAUUUUGUCUUAUUUUUAAAUCCAUGUUUAUAUUGCCAAAAACUCUUGUUUUCUAACGAGAACGUAACCAAAUACUUUUUUUCGGUGUAUUUUGCAUAAAACGAAACGUUCACAAAAUUUCAAAUUUUUGACCAAAGCCAUGGACUAACUAACCCCUUUGCAAAAAGGCCAAUUUUGUGGGUUUUUGAAACCGAUGUUUUUGUUGUUCAGAAACUAACUUUUUCACAAAAAUCAUGGACUAUCCCUUUUGUAAAAAUGCCAAUUUUGCCUGCUUUUUAAAUCCAUGUUUUACUGUCUAAAAAGGCUUGUUUUCUAACGAGAACGUCACCAAAUACUUUUUCUGGGUGUAUUUUGCAUAAAACGAAACGUUCACAAAAUUUCAAAUUUUUGAACAAAACCAUGGACUAACCCCUUUGCAAAAAUGCCAAUUUUGUAGGUUUUUGAAACCGAUGUUUUUGUUGUUCAGAAAGACUUGUUCGCUAUAUGAGACGUCAAAACUCGUUUUUUCACGAUUUAUUUUCACAAUUUAUGACAUGGGAAUACCGGGGGUUACAAGGGGUUACAGGGGCUUACAAGGGGUUACAAGGGGUUACAGAAGGUUACAAGGGGUUACAAAGGGUUACAAGGGGUUACAAGGGGUUACAAAGGGUGACAGGGGGUGACAAGGGGUUACAGGGGGUUACAAAGGAUUAGAGAAACUUUUUUCUAACUAGAACGUUCCCAGAUACUUUUUCUUGGUCGAUUUUGCAUAAAAAUGAAAGUUGAAGAAAUGUCAAAUUUUUGACAAAAACCAUGGACUAAUUCGUUUGGAAAAAUUCUAAUUUUAGGUUUUUCGUACACAGUUGUUUUUAUAGUCUUUAAAAGCUUCCUUUUUAUUUAGAACGUCAGCAAACACUUUUUCUCGAUCUAUUUUUGAUAAACACAAAAGAUGAAAAAACUUCAAAUUUUUGACCAAAAGCAUGGACUAUCCCCUUUGUAAAAAUGCCAAUUUUUGUUUUAUUUUUAAAUCCAUGUUUAUAUUGCCAAAAAAUCUUGUUUUCUAAGAAAAACGUCACCAAAGACUUUUUCUCGGUGUAUUUUGCAUAAAACGAAACGUUCACAAAAUUUCAAAUUUUUGACCAAAACCAUGGACUAACCCCUUUGCAAAAAUGCCAAUUUUGUGGGUUUUUGAAGGCGAUGUUUUUGUUGUUCAGAAAGGCUUGUUUGCUAUAUAAAAUGUCGAAAAUCGUUUUUUCACGAUUUAUUUUCACGGUUUAUGACAUGGGAAUACAGGGGGUUACAAGGGGUUACAAGGGGUUACAGGGGGUUACAAGGGGUUACAAGGGGUUACAAAGGGUUACAAGGGGUUACAAGGGGUGACAGGGGGUGACAAGGGGUUACAGGGGGUUACAAAGGAUUGUAGAAACUUUUUUCUAACUAGAACGUUCCCAGAUACUUUUUCUUGGUCUACUUUGCAUAAAAAUCAAAGUUGAAGAAAUCUCAAAUUUUUGACCAAAACAAUGGACUAACCCUUUUGGAAAAAUUCUAAUUUUACGUUUUUCGUACACAGUUGUUUUUACUGUCUUUAAAGGCUUCUUUAUUAUCUACAACGUCAGCAAACACUUUUCCUCGAUCUAUUUUUGAUAAACAAAAAAGAUGAAGAAACUUUAACUUUUUGACGAAAAUCAUGGACUAUCCCCUUUGUAAAAAUGCCAAUUUUGCCUUCUUUUUAAAUCCAUGUUUAUAUUGUCUAAAAAGGCUUGUUUUCUAACGAGAACGUCACCAAAUACUUUUUCUGGGUGUAUUUUGCAUAAAACGAAACGUUCACAAAAUUUCAAAUUUUUGACCAAAACCAUGGACUAACCAACCCCUUUGCAAAAAUGCCAAUUUUGUGGGUUUUUGAAACCGAUGUUUUUGUUGUUCAGAAACUAACUUUUUCACAAAAAUCAUGGACUAUCCCUUUUGUAAAAAUGCCAAUUUUGCCUUCUUUUUAAAUCCAUGUUUAUAUUGUCUAGAAAGGCUUGUUUUCUAACGAAAACGUCACCAAAUACUUUUUCUGGGUGUAUUUUGCAUAAAACGAAAUGUUCACAAAAUUUCAAAUUUUUGAACAAAACCAUGGACUAACCCCUUUGCAAAAAUGCCAAUUUUGUAGGUUUUUGAAACCGAUGUUUUUGUUGUUUAGAAAGGCUUGUUUGCUAUAUAAAAAGUCGAAAAUCGUUUCUUCACGAUUAAAUUUUCACGAUUUAUGACAUGGGAAUACAGGGGGUUACAAGGGAUUACAGGGGGUUACAAGGGGUUAUAAGGGGUUACAAGGGGUUACAAGGGGUGACAGAGGGUGACAAGGGGUUAAAGGAAGUUAAAGGGGAUCAUAGAAACUUUUUUUUUUAACUAGAACGUUCCCAGAUACUUUUUCUUGGUCUGUUUUGCAUCAAUAUCAAAGUUGAAGAAAUCUCAAAUUUUUGACCAAAACGAUGGUCUAACCCCUUUGGAAAAAUUCUAAUUUUGCGUUUCUCGUAAACAGUUGUUUUUAUAGUCUUUAAAGGCUUCUUUUUUAUCUAGAACGUCAGCAAACAGUUUUUCUCGAUCUAUUUUUGAUAAACACAAAACAUAAAAAAACUUCAACUUUUUUACCAAAAUCAUGGACUAUCCCCUUUGGAAAAAUGCCAAUUUUGCCUUCUUUUUACAUCCAAGUUUAUAUUGUCUAGAAAGGCUUCUUUUCUACCGAAAACGUCACAAAAUACUUUUCUGGGUGUAUUUUGCAUAAAACGAAACGUUAACAAAAUUUCAAAUUUUUGACCAAAACCAUGGACUAACCCCUUUCGAAAAAAUGGCAAAGUUGUGGGUUUUUGAAACCGGUGUUUUUGUUGUUCAGAAAGGCUUGUUUGCUAUAUAAAACGUCGAAAAUCGUUUUUACUAGAUUUAUUUUCACGAUCUAUGACAUAGGAAAACAAGGGGUUACAACGGAUUACAUGGGGUUACAAGGGGUUACAUGGGGUACACAACGGGUUACAGGGGGUUACAGGGGGUUACAAGGGUUACAAGGGUUUACAGGGGGUUACAAGGGGUUACAAGGGGUGACAGGGGGUGACAAGGGGUUAAAGGAAGUAACAAAGGAUUAUAGAAACUUUUUUCUAACUAGAACGUUCCCAGAUACUUUUUCUUGCUCUGUUUUGCAUAAAAACCAAAAAUUAAGAAAUCUCAAAUUUUUGACCAAAACGAUGGACUAACCCCUUUGGAAAAAUUCUAAUUUUGCGUUUUUGGUAAACAGCUUUUUUUAUAGUCUUUUAUGGCUUCUUUUUUAUCUAGGACGUCAGCAAACAGUUUUUCUCGAUCUAUUUUUGACAAACACAAAAGAUGAAAAAACUUCAACUUUUUGACAAAAAUCAUGGACUAUCCCCGGUGCAAAAAUGCCAAUUUUGCCUUCUUUUCACAUCCAAGUUUAAAUUGUCUAGAAAGGCUUGUUUUCUAACAAAAACGUUACUAAAUACUUUUUUGGGUGUCUUUUCCAUAAAACGAAACGUUAACAAAAUUUCAAAUUUUUGACCAAAGCCAUGGAAUAACCCCUUUGGAAAAAAUGCCAAUUUUGUGGGUUUUUGAAACCGAUGUUUUCGUUGUUCAGAAAGGCUUCUUUGCUAUAUAAAACGUUGAAAAUCGUUUUUUCACGAUUUAUUUUCACGAUCUAUGACAUGGGAACACAGAGGGUUACAAGGGGUUACAUGGGGUUACAAAGGGUUACAGGGGGUUACAAGGGGUUACAUGGGGUUACAAAGGGUUACAGGGGGUUACAAGGGGGUACAAGGGGUUACAGGGGGUUACAAGGGGUUAGAAGGGGUUACAAGGGGUUAUAGAAACUUUUUUCUAACUAGAACGUUGCCAGAUACUUUUUCUUGGUCUAUUUUGCAUAAAAACAAAAGUUGAAGAAAUCUCAAAUUUUUGACCAAAACGAUGGACUAACCCGCUUGGAAAAAUUCUAAAUUUGCGUUUUUUGCAAACAGUUGUUUUUAUAGUCUUUAAAGGCUUCUUUUUUAUCUAGAACGUCAGCAAAAACUCUUUCUCGAUCUAUAUUUGAUAAACACAAAAGUUGAAAAAACUUCAACUUUUUUACCAAAAUUAUGGACUAUUCCCUUUGCAAAAAUGCCAAUUUUGCCUUCUUUUUAAAUCCAUGUUUAUAUUGUCUAGAAAGGCUUCGUUUCUAAGAAGAACGUCACCAAAUACUUUUUCUGGGUGUAUUUUGCAUAAAACGAAACGUUCACAAAAUUUCAAACUUUUGACCAAAACCAUGGACUAACCCCUUUGGAAAAAAUGCCAAUUUUGUGGGUUUUUGAAACCGAUGUUUUCGUUGUUCAGAAAGGCUUGUUUGCUAUAUAAAACGUCGAAAAUCGUUUCUUCACGAUUUAUUUUCACGAUCUAUGACAUGGGAGUACAGGGGGUUACCAGGGGUUACAGGGGGUUACAAGGGGUUACAGGCCCCUUGUAA